AUGGCGUCACUGCUACUCGAGCAGCAGGAGAAGCUGCGGCGGCACGUCGACGAGUGGCGCUUCCGCUCCCGCGCCGCCAUCUCCGAACUCAGCUCCGGCUCCGGACCACCAUCCCCAACUCCCUCCGUGCCCUCCGGUCCCGUCAGGCUCCGCGUGGCCCCCGCCGACCCCGCGGGGGCUGGCGCCGCGUCCAUACUCCUGACCCCCGCGGCGGCCGAUGACAACGUUGCGGUCGCCAAGUUCGUCGCCGUGCUGUCGCACUCCUGCAUCGAGAUAUCACGCCUUUCUGAUGCGGCUUCAAAGGGUCUCUACCGGCAACUGCUCCUCUUUGGGCACUGCGCAGGGGGUUCUGGCGAGGCACUUCUGGAGGGGGAGCCACAGAAGAUGUUUGCCCACUCAAUUCCGUUGUUGCUCGAGCUGUAUGAGAUUGUCAAUGGGCUGAUAGUGAUUCUUGGGAAUCUGCUCCGGCAACUUGAUGUGAUCUGCUCAGUGCGGGACAAGAAUGUUCGACCAUUGAACUCAUUCAGAAGUUUUGAUUUGAGGACAGUAUUUGCAUUGCUUGGUGAGGGGCUUUCAGUAUUCCUAUUAUUGGAUGAAAUCUUGAGGCACAACGGCAAUGUCAGAAGCCACUUAUCAUUGUUCUCAAGGAUGAUGAGUAAAGUGAAAUCAGAGGUCGAUGUAUUUGGUAUGUCUGUUGAUGAUAUAGAUUUCCUUGAUCAAGUAGUCCACAACUUGCAGAAGAUUUUUGACAGUGGCUUCUUCCAUCGACUGGUGCUAGUAGAUUCACCUUUGUGUUCUUCAAUAGACCUUGUUAGGUCCAACAAGAAACUUCUAGAUGCAUUUUAUUCUUGCUUCGCUGAGAGCAGUUCUGAAAUCAUUCUACGCGUUGGAUCUUCGAAGGAACUCCCAUCUGAUCGGAAGACUAUACUCCAUCUUCUAGCUCUUCUUUUAUUCUUCAUAUCGGCAACUGAUGAAACUCCUGACAAGAAAUCCAUGAAACUACUAAUGGAGAUAUUGCAGAUGGUUCCAGUGGUCUAUUUAGAAGGUGGAAAGUGCAUCGUGCUAUCUGAUUUAAUGAGGUGUUAUUGCCCUCCAGCACUAUCUUUGCUGUCUCCCAUUAAGGAAGCUUGUGAAGCUUUUGGAAUCACGAAGAGUAACUAUUUGGCGCAUUUAAAUGAAGUGCACUCAAGGGAUAUUGAAGCCAUAAAUGAUUCGCUGUCUUGUUGGUCUGUUUCAUUCCAGUCAGCUGUUCAUCCAUCGUCGCAGAUGUUGACUGAAGAAUGGGUUCGGCAUCUCCAGAAGCAAAUUUUGCAGGGAGUACUGCUUGCAGAUAGAAUACAUAUGCUUGUUCAGUCUAUGCUUGACCUACAUACACAUCUUAAGGUUCCACUGAGAAGGGAGAAAGCCAAGUCUCUUUGUCAAAUGGUUGUGGCUCUGAAGUCCAUAGGAGACUUGUUCAACACAAGAGGGCCCAGCAUAGUACGUAGUCUUCCUCACAUCAUCAAUAUCAUUCAAUCAGAUAUUGAACAGCUCAUACUACCAUUGAAGGAUAAACUGCAAACUGAAAUUGCCAAGGCAGAUCAAGUGAGCAAAACAGGUUUUCUUAGCUUGUUGAGACGUGGCGGUGCAGAGUUGGAGACGAAGCUUCUUGAUUCACUGUCAUUGGUAUUGAUAUCCUUGCAAUUGCUUGAAGGAGGUGGAAGUUCUUCGAGGCAGCUGACACUUUCUAUUACCAUGGAUAUUCUACACAGUUUGGGUCACUUGGAUGUUGAACUGGGUAGAGUGAGGAAGCUUAUAUCGAAGUUCAGAAUUCUUUCAAAUUGCCAGUCCCUGAUUGAUGAAAGAACAAACUGUAGCUUCUUGUACUGGAGAAAGGAGAUGCUUUCAAUUUGGUUAUCCAUGGUAUAUGGAGAUGCUUGCAAAUUGUCUUGGAUACAAAACAUCAUUGAUUCAUUUUCUGAUGGAACAUUGCUCCUUGGGCUUGGGAAUGUGGGCCCAGUUGCUCUUCGGAGUUAUGAGGAAGACAUUGAAAAUGUUUUGAGGGAGGAGGUGGUUGCUCCACUAUGCAGGGACAUUGAGACUGAUCUCCGACUUCAUGUUCAUUCUACUCAUUUGAAAGGAGCAGUUGAUGUGAACCCAACAAAGACUGGGGUUUGUAAUCUUUCAUGGUACUUACGAAUGAGGCCCUUGAGGUUACCUGUCAAGUUUGUUGAUGUUAAAUUGCUCGUGGAAAAUCAUCUAAAUUCUGCGUUCUAUACGUACUCUGUGAUGCCUAAUUAUGAUGACAAGAUAUAUGCAGAGAUGCAUGAACUAGGAGAGCUGAAAUAUGGUGUUGAACUGGAAGAUUUCCGUCUUACUGUGGAAACUCUGGAUCAAGGUUUUGAUCUCAGAAAAACUAUCGAAGAUCUUUAUUCGUUUUGUGAGAAAUACUCCUACAGCAUUAUCAAACAGAUGUUUAUUGAGAAUGAUUUGGAUGGCCAAGGCCGUAAAAAUUUAAGAGUUUUCUGUGUUGAACACAUUGCAUCAUCAACAGCGAUGUGCAGUUUGCAGCAAAUUUCUGCAGCUUUGGACUCCAUUUUGAUGUUUUUAGACAGGAUGGUUUUAGAUCUGGAUGUGUUGCUUCAAAGCAACGCCGACGUCUAUAUGUUAAAGGAUUUAAAACAGUUAGAGAACACUAGGGUAUCCAGUGUACACCCUGCUAUCCAAGGAGAGCUGAAAGUUACCAUAGGGAAGCAUGGAAUUGGAGACCAUACUCUGGGUUUCCUUGAACAAGUACGAGCUGUGGUGUAUAGAAUAGGAAAUGCAGUAGGCCUGAUGAGAAUGCUUGCUGCUGGAUGUACCCGCUAUUCCAACAGCAUCUCAAGAUAUGCAAGAAUGUCCAACUAUGACUUGAGCUACUCGACAAGUUGCAAGAUAGUGGGUUGGGAUUAUGACAUUGCUGAAACUGGGAAGAUACUGGAUAUGGAGGCACGAAACAAGGAAGAACUGGAUAAGAGGAUUCAAACCUUUCUAAGGUUGGUUACCUACAUUAGACAGAAGAUUCAGAGCAAUGAGCUUAAAGCAAUGGAUGACUUUUUCCAAAUUGUUCCAUUGCUCAUUGCCAACAUGGUGGACAAUAGGGUGCUUCUCAAGGAUAAACUAUUGAGACGAGGGCAUGAAGCCAAGAACACCAUUCAUACCUAUGAUAGUUUCCUAUUAGGGGUUGCUUUUAUCCUCAAGGUAUUGGAACAAGAAAACCAUUUUGAUGAACUCAAUUGGUUUGCUUCCACAAAAACAAAAUUUGAGGGAGAGUCAGAAAACAAGGUCAACAAAAUAGAUGCAAGCGCAAAUAGGUCUGCUUUCACCAAUCUGAAACUUUGGCGUGCAACUCCACCAGUUGGAACAGAACAUCAUAAGGGUGUUGACAAGGGAAAGCGGUACCAGCAGGAGAUUGAGCUUAUAGAGUGUACCCUCAGGUUGGCAAGAACAGUAUUGAGAUGA